GACAUUUUCCUUUACCAUUGGUUGUGUUGCUUUCAGACAACACAAAAAUGACAGUGAGAUAAGGAAAUUGAUUGACACCUGGAAGAGGAGUGACUUUUCUUUGGCAAAAGAUUUGAUUAUAAGUUGUAGUUAAAUUCAACUUUGACAGAAGAAACAUCACCAGAACUUUAUUAAGAAUGGAUUCUGAUAAUAAACAUGAAAAUGAUGAGGAUGAGGAAGCAAGAGACAUGAAAAGCAUUUCAUCCCAUGAUGCCAUUUGUGGGCCUGUAUCUGAUGGGAUAGCAAAUGCCUCUGAGAAUUUUACAAACAAAAGGGGCUUGUCAGAGUCAUCCAGCUUGGACAGUGUUGCUGUGGAGGAAGACAGAAGUGAACUUGCUUCCAAACGGAUGAGAAUAGAGGUGGUGGAGCCCCUUGAGAUGGGAGAGCAGGGCACCUGUGGGUUGGACACUGUGGAAGCUAGUGUCCAUUCAGCUGAAGCACGGAAGGAGGCCUUUCCGACCAUCAGCUCAGAUGGAGGCAGAGCCCUUCCCAGUGACUUCUCCCCGUCCUGCGAUUUUAGCAUGUUUGAUACGCUUCCUUUGAAAGCAGAUGCAGUGAGAAAGCCUGCUCAGGAAAUGAGUUCCCUUGUUCCUGAAAGACACACUCCUUUUCCUCCAGAAGAAAUGAGCAUUGGUUGUAGCUUUGGAAAUGCAGAGUCAGUUCUCAAGUGCAGCAUGUGUGGCCAUUCAUUUUCCUCUUGCUCUGCUUUGGAGAAGCAUGUGGAAUGUCACGUGGAACAGGACAAGGAAUGUGCCUGCUGCCACUGUAGCCACAGAGCAGAGAGCAGCUCAUCUCCUCCUCACAUGCAUGUCAAACAUACUCAUGGGCCACAGAAAACCUUCUCCUGUGACCUCUGUGGCUUCCAGUGUGCCGAAGAAAACCUGUUGAAUGCACAUUAUCUUGGCAAAACACAUCUUCGGCGUCAGAAUCUUGCUGCUCGUGGAGGAUUUGUACAAAUCUUAACAAAACAACCUUUUCCUAAAAAAGCCUGUGUCAUGGGAACAAAGAAUGUUAGAACAAAACCUAGGGCUUCUAAAUCAAUUGCAAGGAAUGGGGAUUCAAAAGGAGUGCAGAAUACUGGGAACAAAUUUAAAGACUGCAGAGGAGCCCCUUCUGAACGUAAUGGUGGGAGGAGUGAGCUGCUUGUCCAAAUGGUGCCAUCUAGGAAUACCUCCUCAGGGAAAGGAGAAAUUGUUGAGGAAAAUGCUACUUUAGGUGUAGUUCAAAAUCCUGAAAACCAGAAUAAACAGCUAGGGGGCUUAGUCAGCUCAGAGGGUCUUUUAGGUAAGUCAGAGCCCAUCAGAAAUACCCUCCAGAUAGCUCAUAUUAGCAUCAGUGCCACCUCAAGGCCAAGAUCUGAGAGGAAUAUCCUAAUGUUGGGUAACAGCUUUCGCAGACGAAGUGGUACUUUUACUUUAAAGGGCCAGGCAAAGAAAAGGUAUAAUCUUCUAGGAAUUAAUAAAAGGAGUGCAAGUGAAACUCAGAGGGUGUAUAUGAAACACUUUAGAACACAGAUGAAAACAAAUGACACGCAGCCAGUGACAGAGCAACUUCAAAGGAGCAAGGAUGUCCAAAGUCUGUGUGUGACUACCUCAGAUGACCCAAAAGUGAUGCAGAACAAGACAGCUUCCUGUUUUUCAGACUCCACACAGCUUGGCUCCCUGCCAGUAAAGCCAGCUUCUGACCUCCAGGUCCUGUGCACCUCUCCAGAGUGUGGUCAUAUAGCUGCAGACAAGACAGACUUGGAAAUUCAUGUUAAAGGGUGCCAUGCAAGAGAGAUGCAGUUUCACUGUCAGACUUGCAACUAUUCUAGUCCAUCAAGGAAAGACUUAGAGAAACACUUGCACAGUAAUCAGCAUCAGGACAUGACUCCUGUCCUCAGCUGUCAGUGUUGUUCCUUCAUUUCCUUGAAUGAAAUGAGUCUUAGAGACCAUAUGAAGGAAAAGCAUAGCAUGGGCUUUUUUUGCACCUCUUGUAAUCUCUUCUUGUCUGAGAAAGAUGUGGAAGAACACAGAGCAACUGAGAUGCAUAAUAGCUUAGUGGUUCAACCAAAGAUGGCGUCUGUUUCACCUUUAAGUACUUUAGAAUCAGAAAACAUGGACGAUUCUAGAGAAGAGUCAGGGAAAGCAGCUAAGGCAGAUCCCACUGAGUUGAGAGUAAGCCAUGGAACUGAAGCAAGGCAUUCAAGUAAGCCUCAAUUUCAGUGUAAGAAGUGCUUUUAUAAAACAAGGUCUUCCACUGUCCUCACAAGACACAUAAAGCUUCGGCAUGGUCAAGACUACCACUUCCUUUGUAAAGCAUGUAAUCUGUAUUCACUGAGCAAGGAAGGAAUGGAGAAGCACAUUAAAAGAAGCAAACAUCUUGAAAAUGCUAAGAAAAAUAAUAUUGGUUUAAGUUUUGAAGAGUGUAUUGAAAGGGUAUGCAUAGGUGCAAAUGAUAAAAAAGAGGAGUCUAACAGUUCUGGGAGUGGAAGGCCCGAAGGCCAUGUUGGUGUGAGAUUACAGGAGCCUUUCCAUCGUGAGCAGAGUUUGCUAACUCCUAAGGAACUGCCACAGUCUGAUGUCAUCACCAAAGAUGAGGAAUUAGCCUUAGCCACUACUCCAAAGAGAGGGAGGCCCAAAGGCAGCAUUUCUCGGACUUGUUCACACUGUGGACUUUUGGCCUCUAGUAUUACAAAUUUGACCGUGCACAUCAGGCGUAAACACAGCCACCAGUAUAGUUAUUUGUGCAAAGUAUGUAAGUAUUAUACUGUCACUAAAGGAGAUAUGGAACGACAUUGUGCCACCAAGAAACAUAAAGGACGGGUAGAAAUAGAAGCAAAUGGGAAACAGAGUUCAGAUAUAAUUGUUGGCCCAGAAGGGGGUAAUCUUGAAGCAUGUAAAAAGAAUGCCCCUCCAGCAGUGACUGUUUCUGACGAGCAGGCUAACAAAUCCACAGAGUCGGAUACAUCUACUUUAGAUAAGCCAGUGGUUGAUUGUGCAAGUGCAGUAGAAGUUGAAGCUGCAAGUGCAUUUCAUUCUGUAGAGGGAGAAGUUAGCAGUCAACUCUCUGAUAAAAGGGGGCAGAUGUCUCUAGAGACAGAGGACCUUCUGCAGCAGAGUGAUGCAUGCUCUCAGAGAGAUGUUGCAGGUUCAGGUGACAAUAAAUGUGUCCACUGUGAGUUCAGUGCCCACUCUGCUGCUUCACUAGAACUGCACGUGAAAAGGAAGCACACCAAAGAGUUUGAGUUUUAUUGUAUGGCUUGUGAUUACUACGCAGUGACGCGCAGAGAAAUGACGAGACAUGCUGCAACGGAGAAGCAUAAAAUGAAAAGGCAGUCUUACCUCAACUCUUCCAGUGCGGAUGCAGGUUCUUCAGAAAUGUCCAAAAGCAUCCUUCUGAGUCAAGAGGAGCAUUCCCAAAACCCCGAGGAAUUGAAAAUAACACCAGAUCAGUCAUGUGGUACUCUCAAAUCUGGAAAUGCUGCAGGCUGUUCUGUUCUAGAUGAGAAUACUAAUUUAGAUAUGUCUAAAGUACUCUGUGCUACUGACUCAGUGGAGAUUGUGCCUGAGGAAGAUCAUUCCUUUUGUGAGACCUUGCAACAGCCCCUUGUUAAGGACAAAAGUAUAAAACCCCGAGAGAUAGUGUCCCUUAGUACUCCCUCUAAUCAUGGCUUCCCAGACUGUCUUCAAAAUGAAAAUCCAGGAAGCUCUGCUGUGGACUGUGAGACAGCAAAGAGAAAGCACGGCAUGUUGAAUGAUGCUGGUGACUUAAGCACACACUGUGAAGAUGAGGGAGGCAGCGCUGAUGAUAGUGCAAGGAAAGUUCCGGACAAGACCCUCUGUUCUGGAGACUUAGAUGGGGGCCACUCAGCUGCAGCUACUUCCCCUGUUGUGCUGAAAAUACCAAGAGAUCAUCUGCACCUGGAUGGUGGCGACCAAAACAAAGUUGGAUGUGAACAGAGUUCAGAAGAUUUCAAACAUGUGCAUGCAUCUGUUGUCGAGAAGAAGGAAGUUCUGAUGAAUUCGAAACAUAGAACUGAAAGUGUUUUGGAAGAAGAUGGCCCAGCUUCUGAUGACACAGUUGACAGUAAUGAUGUUUAUGAAACUAUAAUAAGUAUUGAUGAUAAAGGGCAAACCAUGUACAGUUUUGGCCGGUUUGAUUCUUCCAUAAUUAGAAUAAAAACUUGUGAGGAUGGUGAGUUAGUAGAUCAGUCAGAAGAAGGGCUAAUGGCUACAGGGGCGAGAGUUAGUGAAUUGCCCCUAAAGGAAAGUGCUCAAGGCUUGAAGAGGAGGAAAGUUGAAGGCAAUUCCUUUGGCGAGUCCACACGAAUCCGAUGUGAUGAUUGUGGUUUCUUAGCAGAUGGACUGAGUGGGCUGAAUGUUCAUAUAGCCAUGAAGCAUCCUACAAAAGAGAAACACUUUCAUUGUUUACUUUGUGGAAAAUCAUUCUAUACUGAGAGCAACCUUCACCAGCAUUUGGCUAGUGCUGGUCAUAUGAGAAAUGAACAAGCCAGUGUAGAAGAGCUUCCAGAGGGAGGAGCCACUUUCAAAUGUGUCAAGUGUACAGAGCCCUUUGAUUCUGAACAGAAUUUAUUUCUGCAUAUUAAAGGGCAACAUGAGGAAUUGCUGCGAGAGGUAAAUAAGUACAUAGUGGAAGACACCGAGCAAAUCAAUCGAGAGAGGGAAGAAAACCAAGGGAAUAUCUGCAAGUACUGUGGGAAGAUGUGUCGGAGUAGCAAUUCCAUGGCCUUCCUGGCUCACAUUCGGACUCAUACAGGAUCAAAACCGUUCAAGUGCAAGAUAUGCCAUUUUGCCACAGCUCAGCUCGGAGAUGCCAGAAACCACGUGAAAAGGCACCUUGGGAUGAGGGAGUACAAGUGUCACGUCUGUGGGGUUGCUUUUGUAAUGAAGAAGCACUUAAAUACUCACCUACUAGGCAAGCAUGGAGUUGGCACCCCAAAGGAAAGGAAAUUUACAUGCCACUUAUGUGACAGAAGUUUCACAGAGAAGUGGGCCUUGAACAACCACAUGAAACUCCACACGGGAGAAAAGCCGUUUAAGUGUACCUGGCCCACAUGUCACUACUCAUUCCUCACGGCCUCUGCGAUGAAAGACCACUACAGGACGCACACAGGCGAGAAGUCGUUUCUCUGUGACCUCUGCGGCUUUGCUGGUGGGACCCGGCACGCCCUCACCAAACACCGCCGGCAGCACACAGGAGAAAAGCCUUUCAAAUGUGACGAGUGUAACUUUGCCUCUACGACACAGUCACACUUGACUCGUCAUAAGCGUGUGCACACUGGAGAGAAGCCCUACAGGUGCCCUUGGUGUGACUACAGGUCAAACUGUGCUGAGAAUAUCCGCAAACACAUUCUACACACGGGCAAACAUGAAGGUGUCAAGAUGUACAACUGCCCAAAAUGUGACUAUGGGACAAAUGUCCCUGUGGAAUUCCGAAACCACUUGAAAGAGCAGCAUCCUGACAUUGAGAACCCUGACCUCGCAUACUUGCAUGCCGGUAAGGAAUGGAAACUAUUAAAGGGCUUGUGUUGUUGUUUGUUUAACAGGUUCUCCUUUCAUUUACCACAGUAUUUUCAAAGCUGUUUGUAGAUUACUGUGACUACAUGAAUCCAGUGUUGAUGGAGUCUGGCCCUGUGUGGAAGUUCAUCUUGCUCCUUCCACACUCUAUGUGGAAAUAUAGGCCCUUUCACCUGUAUUUUAAUCACAUAUGCAAAUCGAGCAAAAGUAUUGUAGGACAUCAAAGCUAAUAGCAGAUAUUUAAAACAUAGUCAGAUACUGAUGUUAGAAUUUCUUUUGAACUUUGUUUUUAUUGAUAAUAGCGCUUAAUUUUUUCAGUAGAUUUAUGAUUUAAAAUGUUACACUGUAUUCUUUGUACCUCUGUUUUCCCAUAAAAACCUGGAGGUUGGAAGAAUGUGGCUGAGGAAGUACCUCAAGCACCUUGGAGGUUACAAGGCCCUCCUUUCCCAAAAGUCAGCAGAAGAUAACCCUAGUGAUGGCAUGGCUGCCUGGUAUCAUGUAUCGCAGCGACUCUAGGUAAAGCAAAUUGGUUCCUGUUGCCCAGCUUUUUAUUUAAUUGAAAAAUGUCCGAGUAUAGAAUCUGCUAUACACAAAAGGAACCACUGGGCUGCAGAUAUAGUGUUCUGUUUAAGGAGACAGUGUAGACAAGUGUCCUGUCCCGUGGCCCUAACAGCACCAUGUGCA